UGAUUAAAGCGUGAAAUUCAUUCAUAGCUAACCACUUUCAUAAUGAACCCUAGCUGCUACUCCUAUUAAUGGCAAAAUUCCUUCUCUGGAAAAACAAGAAAGUAUCCACAUUUAUUUCAACACUUCUCAUAAAGAGAAAUUGAAAUUUAAUUUUGCAUUUCCCCAAUUUCAUCACCAAUUGCAGAAGCUUUUUAUUGCGCAGUAUUCGAGGAAUUUGAACCUGAAACGUGAGGGUUCUAAACCUACUUUACUGACCACUAGGUCACGUCCUUUGGUUGGGUGUGGGCAUUGGAGUUGGUAGAGGAAGACGUAGAGGCAAUUGACUUACAAAAUCAUGAGUUACUUCCGGGCAUUCUUGAACAGUCCUGUUGGUCCUAAAACAACUCACUUUUGGGGUCCUAUGGCCAACUGGGGAUUUGUCAUUUCUGGAGUGAUGGAUUCACAGAAGCCCCCUGAUGCAAUAUCUGGCAACAUGACUUCAGUGCUAUGUGUGUAUUCACUAUUGUGUAUGAGAUUUGCAUGGAUGGUACGUCCUCGCAAUUAUCUUCUUCUGGCUUGCCAUGCUUCAAAUGAGUCAGUGCAGCUCUAUCAACUCUCACGUUGGCUAAAGCAUCAGCGGUACUUGUCUCAAAAGGAAGAGAACGUUUCUUCAUGACGUAAAGUUCCGUUCUUCUCAUCAUCCAUCAAUUCGACAAUCAAAAAAGAAA